AUGAAGGGUCUUCUAACUCUAAGCCUAAGGCCCUGCACUUCAAUCACUGAAGCCUUAAAGCAUAGGAGUGUGCUACAAACCAAGAAAACCCAAGAAGGAAAAGAUGGCCAAAACAGAGAACUUGCAUUGGAAAUAUUUGAGGCCAAGAAAGAAAAUUUCGCAAUUGAUGAGGUUAUUAUUUCCUCUGCUUCUGAAAGUACAAGGAAAGAACCUAUCUUCUAUAAUUUUAUACCCAUUCUUGAGAAUGAUCAACUCCAAGUUAGUCAAGGAAACGUGUUUGUAACCAAAACCCAUCAUGAACAUGCAGAGGUUUCAACUGAAUUGAAGUUGGGUUAUGGUUCUUGCAUAACUAAUAAGAGGAAAGCAAGUGAAAACAUGGCCAAUUUCUCUCUAUCAUCUACAGCUUGUGGAAUCAAAAGAAUGAGACUUAUUAAUAGCCAUAAAGUUGAAAAAGGAAAAGGGCCUAAUGGUGUGUCAUUGGAGUUGCAGCUUGGACUUGACCCUUGGGUUAUCAAGAAGAGGAUUUGGUUAAGUGAUAUUGGUCAUUUGGCUAGGCUCUUGUUAGCAGUAGAUUUGGUGAAGGGGCAUAUUUUGCCACAAUGGGAUGCAAGGCGCAUUGAAGGCAUCAAGAAUGGGGUACGAGUUGCUGUUUGGGAUUGCGAUACCAAGUCUGAACAUCAAUUGACCUUCAAACAGUGGCCAAGUAAUGGGUGUUGUGUCCUCAAUGAAAAAUGGACUACGGAUUUUGUGUGGAGGAGGGGUCUGAAGAAAGGUGAUGAGAUUGGACUUUAUUGGGAUCAAAGCAAUUCAAGAUUCAGUUUUAGCAUUCUCAAGUGGGCUUCGAGCAAUUAA